CUUCGCCUCCCGACUCUCCAUUACAGAGCCAGUGGAGCGGGUGUAUGACGUCACGCGUGUCAUAUGACCAGCCCUCAGCCACAGCGUUUUGCAGCCGUUGGGUUCCGGGAGUUGCAGUGGCCGUGAUUACUUGGGUAGAGGCUUUCGCAUUCUCCGCAUCUCCCUUCUUGUCCCGGCGGCACCAUGCUGGCCCUCAUUAACAAGCUGCUCGAUUGGUUCAAGUCAUUGUUUUGGAAGGAGGAGAUGGAGCUCACGCUUGUUGGGCUGCAGUAUUCCGGGAAGACAACCUUCGUUAACGUCAUAGCGUCUGGGCAGUUUACAGAAGAUAUGAUUCCCACCGUUGGUUUCAAUAUGCGCAAAGUAACAAAAGGGAAUGUUACUAUCAAGGUUUGGGACAUUGGGGGUCAGCCAAGAUUUCGUAGUAUGUGGGAGCGCUAUUGCAGAGGAGUUAACGCAGUUGUGUACAUGGUAGAUGCAGCAGACUUGGAUAAAGUGGAAGCAUCUAAAUAUGAAUUACACAAUUUGCUUGACAAGCCACAGUUGCAUGGAAUCCCAGUGUUAGUUCUUGGUAACAAGAGAGAUCUUCCAAAUGCUUUGGAUGAAAAGCAACUUAUAGAAAAGCUAAACCUUUCUGCAAUUCAAGACCGAGAAAUCUGUUGUUAUUCAAUCUCUUGUAAAGAGAAAGAUAAUAUAGAUAUUACAUUGCAAUGGCUUAUUCAGCAUUCAAAGUCAAGACAUUAUUGAGGAAACAGUUACACCUCUUUUCCUGGCUUCCUUUCCAUUCUGUCCAUUAUAUCUUGGCGGAAAUGAACAUCAUUACCAGGAUUCCUUCUUCAUGUGGUGCAAGCUAGCAGGCUUAAACUGCCGGUUUUGUUCUUUUCAUUAAGAAGUCAGAGUGUGGUUUGACCCUUUAUCGUCUGCCUUUCUUGGCCACCUUGCACUUAUACAAGUUGACAGAAUAUAUAUUGGAUUACUUUUUCUUAAACUAUGUUUGCAUGUAUAAGGUCAGCCAUAUACAAUUAGCUAGUUUGUACAAUUGGUGAACAAAUUACAAGUUAAAACUGAUAAUUUUGUGUUCUCCAAGUACAAGAAAAUCUGUCUCCUCCUACAAUUUCUACUGAUAGAAAUAAAACUUAUGGCAUGCAGUAUUCUUUUUUUCCGCCAUAGAUAGAAAACAUAGUUGGCAAACCCCCUUGGCAUGAUUACAGCUUUCAUCUUUCUUUUUUUUUUGUUUAAAACCUGGAAUUGCAUUAUAUCGAAACUAUUAGUAGUAUAAUACCAUGCCAACUUGAAUGUGUAUGUAUUUGCCUUUAUUACUUUUAACAAAUUCAAUGUAAAUAUGAUUAUUAUUCAUCAUGGUUGCCUUAAGUGUAUUAUGCAUUAACAUUUGUCUGCCAAAGGUAUCUUAAUGUAAUGUAACAAUUGGAAUAAUCUGUAAGCAUUGUAAAAUUUUGACAGGCUUCAUUUCUCUUCACUUGGUCAAGUAAACACUGAUUCCUCAUC